CACACUGGGGAAAUGCCAAGGAGUGUCGGAUAAGAGGAAAACAUUUUGUUACUGAGGAGUGUCCUUGGGAGUCUUUCCUGGAUCGAGGAAACUCUUGAAAAUGGAUUUUCUUUAAAUUGACAGCAGUUGUUACAAAUCAUAUGACAGGUCACAUGAUGGGGUGUGAAGGGUGGCGUGGAGAAACUUGUGUUCAUGAUUAUUAAGCACUUUUGAAUGCAACAAAGCCAGAUCAGACUGUGGUUUUGCUCUAAACGUGAUUUUUUUUUUUUUUCACGGCAAAUGAUGGAUUGUAGUUGGACAUUACUUCCUGUCUGUAUAACUGCCGGAAUGGAAUUUGAGCUUUACAUUGCUGUGUCACAACAGAAAGAAACGGCUGUGGCUGCCUUUUUCACAUUCACUUUGUCUGCUUGAUUAUGACAUUUUAAGGCGUUCUGGAAGGCAGAUUGUGUCUUUGUGGUUGUUUUUUUUUUCUCUCCGUGCAUUAUUGAUACAACGUGCAUUGGUCUUCAUCUAAUUCUAUUUCGCAUGCUUUCAUUUUUUGCUUCUUCGUUUUACUCUCUGUUAGACAUCUUGAUGACUCCCAAUUUUGACAAGGAUGUACUGACCUGCUAACACUGGGUCCCAUGUUCACGUUUUACCACUGAGGCACAAGGAGAUAUUUUACCGCCUUUCAAAGUUGUUCUAAAAGGCCUAUUUUGUUUCACAUCCAUGCUCUUGUUUUGAAUGGAUGCACACUUUACUUCCUUGACUUGUCUGAGACGUUCACACGUUAUGAUUGCGCUCAAGAGUUUCUGGAGUUCACAUCAUUCUUGUGGAAUGUUGGGCCAUCUGUAUCCCCAUGUGUGUGGAAGCUGAAACAAGCCUGUAACACAGUGAAUGAUACUCGCUUGUAGACUUCAACCACAGAGAAACAUACACCGCUCCACAAAUAUCAAUGGAGCAUUUAAACAACCACGUAGCUACUUUACGUCGAGAUCUGCGAAGUAAUGAGAUGCCUUUGGUGGUCUCUUCCUAUUGUUUGCAGAUGCAAUUGGACUGCUAUGAUGGUGGUGCUGGAAACUAUGACAUCGUAAAUAGUGCCGCGGUGUCAACACCUGGGCCUCAACCCCACCGAGCACACAAUGUGUCUUUACGACAAAGCUGGGAGAUGAACUAUCAAGAGGCGGCCAUCUAUUUGCAAGAAGGAGAGAACAACGACAAGUUCUUCACCCACCCUCGAAACCCCAAGGCGCUGGCAGCGUAUCUCUUUGCCCACAACCACCUCUUUUACAUGAUGGAGCUGCUAACGGGCCUCCUGCUCAUGACGCUGUCGCUGUGCGAAGCUCCCGCGGUACCUUCGCUGCGCCUGGACGUCUAUGUUCAUGCCACUCUGGAGCUGCUGGCCUUGGUUAUUGUGGCGUUUGAGCUGUGCAUGAAGCUCCGCUGGCUGGGCUUCCACACCUUCAUACGACACAAGAGGACCAUGGUGAAGGCUUGCGUGUUGCUGCUACAGUUUAUUGAGGCCAUCGUGGUUCUGGUCCGCCAAACAUCCCACAUGCGAGUGACCCGAGCACUGCGACCAAUAUUCCUUGUGGACUGUAGAUACUGCGGUGCUGUACGCAGAAAUUUGCGGCAGAUCUUCCAGUCUCUCCCACCAUUUAUUGACAUCCUCCUCCUCCUGCUCUUCUUCAUGGUCAUAUUUGCUAUCCUGGGUUUCUGCCUCUUCUCUACAAACAUAUCAGAUCCAUACUUCAACACGCUGGAGAACAGCAUGGUUAGCCUGUUUGUGCUGCUGACAACGGCAAAUUUCCCUGAUGUGAUGAUGCCGUCGUACUCAAAGAACCGCUGGUCGUGUGUGUUCUUCAUUGUGUACCUCUCCAUUGAGCUCUACUUCAUCAUGAACCUGCUCCUCGCCGUGGUGUUUGACACCUUUAACGACGUGGAGAAGAUGAAGUUCAAGUCUCUGUUGCUUCACAAGCGCUCCGCUAUUGACCACGCCUUCCAGCUGUUAGUCAGCCGCCAGAGGCCAAUGGGUGUCUCACUAAAACAGUUUGAUGGCCUGCUGCGUUUUUAUAGGCCGAGGAUGUCAGCGAGAGACCGCUUCCUCACCUAUAAAGCUCUCAAUACCUCAGGCUCUCCUAUGCUCAGUCUGCAGGACUUUUAUAAAUUCUAUGAGGUGACAGGCCUUAAAUGGAAGACACGGCGCAGUGGGGAACACUGGUUUGAUGACCUUCCGCACACAGCCUACAUUAUUUUAAAAGGCAUCAACCUGCUGGUGAAGUCUAAAGCCUUCCAGUACACCAUGUAUGCAGUCGUGGCCAUCAACGGUGUGUGGAUCCUCGUGGAGACGUACACUCUAGACAGUGGCUUCUCCUGGUCUAGAUUGGUGCCGUGGAAUUACAUUGUCUUCCUUACCAUUUAUGGGGUGGAGGUGUUAUUGAAGAUAUCAGGCUUGGGACCGUUGGCUUAUUUCAGUUCUGGAUGGAAUCUGUUCGACUUCUCUGUGACCGUGUUUGCGUUCCUGGGUCUAAUUGCACUGGCCUUCAAUAUGGAGCCUUUCUACUUCAUCGUUGUGCUCCGACCACUUCAGCUCCUCCGGUUGUUUAAGAUUAAGAAGAGGUAUCGCAACGUGCUGGACACCAUGUUUGAGCUCUUCCCCAGGAUGGCCAGUCUGGGUUUGACCUUGAUCAUCUUCUACUACUCGUUUGCCAUCGUGGGCAUGGAAUUCUUCGCCAACGUGGUAUACCCCGACUGCUGCAAGAACAGCACGGUGGCCGACUCCUACAAGCAGACCAACGUCACACAUGGCAACAAAACCGUGUUGGAAGGAGGCUACUAUUAUCUCAACAACUUUAACAACAUUCUCAGCAGCUUUGUGACUCUCUUUGAGCUGACUGUGGUCAACAACUGGUACAUCACAAUGGAAGGAGUGACAUCCAUGACCAGCCACUGGAGUCGACUCUACUUCAUGACAUUCUACAUCGUCACCAUGGUGGUCAUGACCAUCAUUGUGGCCUUCAUCCUGGAUGCUUUCGUUUUCCGCAUGAACUACAGUCGCAAGAACCGGGAAAUGCUGGAUAACCCUCAGGUUGAGAAUGGAAUCGUGUUUGAAGUAGAAGUGACGCGUGACGAAGCUCUGUCCACUCUGGAGUUUUACAAGCAUACAUGUCCUGGACAGUCGUCUCUCAGCUCUCUGGUGGGAGUCAUGCAAGCAAUGGACCGCAGUGGGAGUGAACAGCAUUCACCCCUGUUAUACCAAGGGCGGCGAUCAAGGACAAAGUGUGACCUCAGCAUGAAAAUGUAUGAAGAAGAGAUGCAGGAGUGGUAUUUAGAGUAUUCAAGGGGAAACCUGCCUCAGCCAGACCAAAAUCAAGACCCCGACUUGGACAGUCCCACUUCCAAUCCGCCUUUUGUGCCUGCACCUCAGCUAAACUCACAUGCUGGACAUUACAGCAUUAACUGACUAACUCAUGCAGCAGCGAUCUUACAAUUGUAUCGCUGCAGGACUUUUAAUCCCACCCAACACACCAUUUCCCACAGUGGGAGCUGGUCUGGUGUCUUGAUGUAAGAUGACGAAAUGGUGACCUCGCUCUGGACAGACGGCAGGUCUACUGCUCAGACAGACAAGUGGUACAUUUGCCAGGAACUAGGAAAUCUUAUGUAAGGAGCCUGUUAAUAUUUCUAUUACAGUAUGUAAUGUACAGAUGUAAUGAACGCCGGAGGGCUUUUGUGGCCUUCUUUAAAACCCCGGUUUAACCAAAGUCGGGCUACCAUGGAUAAUGUCAAAAUAUGACUAAUUCGUUUCCUCAAUAGCUUAACAAUUGAGGACCGUUUACUGGCAACGGUUUCCCAAAGUGAUCCCCAAGCAGCAAUAUCCAUGCAAUACAUUUAAUGCAGCAAUACCUGAAGCUGUCCCAAGUCCACAUUCAAUAUUGCUGAAUUUCUUUGACCUUAAGUCAGUUUUGUAUAUUGACUAAAACCAACAAAUCUCAUCGGGUUGUCUAUCUUUGUACUGUAUUAAAUUAUAUUUCUGUGUAA